AACUUUCAUCAUCCCGUUAUACACUGCGAGUUUGGUUCUUGGUUGCACAUGUAUAACCCCAAACCAGAUGCGCCUGAGGCCAAACUGAAGCAACGACGUAAAUGCCAAAACAGCUUUCAACAUAAUCGCGCAUUCCAGAAAGGAGGCAUACAUUGAAAGAGAUCCGCGCUUCAACAUUACUAGUAGACGCGCUCGCGAUCUCCUUUCCAUCAAACUUGAAACUGUUGACUCCAGACCAUGCCCUUGACUAAUCCAGGGAAACUCCGGAUCAUUCAUCAGAUUGGGCAACCUGCGGUUUCCGAACAAGGUGUUGAUCUAGUCGUGAUACCAGGCCUAUGGAAUGAGAAUUCCCCUGGCCGAAUGAAAGGAAGUUGCUCAUGGGUCAGACCUCUGACAGAGUCGACAACUGGGGAUACGCGUGUUUUCCUAUUCACUUAUCGGCUACAAGUUGAUGGCUCAUCGCUUUGGGAUCAACUACUUAACCAAAGCUACGCAUUGAGCUCAGAGUUGGAUGAGAACCGCGCCCAGCCAAAUGAUGAUCUUAGACCGCUUUUGUUUAUUUGCUAUAGCUUGGGAGGCAUGAUCUUGAAAAAGCUCUUGACAUUGGGGAUUAGAUCCCGACAGUCUCUCCAAGAUGCAACAGCCGGGGUUAUCUUUCUUGGUACUCCACACUUAGUAGAUCCUGCUGGAAAUGGCUGGGAUAUAAUAAGGCUACUUAUGAAGGGUAGCCGAAGAGACAUCUCCAAGGACAACAUGACCGAACAGGAGAUGGAAGGGGUCGCAAUGUCCUGCAGAUUAUUUGAAGAUCUCCAACUCGAUAUUCCGAUACUAUCUGUACACGAAAAGCGUGAAACAAAGUCAUGGGACAGUCGCUUGAGCAAUCUUCGAAAGAAAAGCAACGCUAAGAAAAUGCUCCUCACUCAAGACAUGGUCGAGACCCGAGCCACCAGAGAGUCUUUAUUUGAAGUUGACAAAACUCAUAUGGACCUUUGCGACAUCGAGGAACUGGGACCUCUCUACAAUCGACUCAUCUCAUUUUUCUCCAUGUUUGUACAUCAUGCUCCAAAGAAUGUACAAUACGCUCUUCACCAACCCUCGCUUGGCGGCCCUACUAGUAUCAGGCUGAAAACUAGCUCGUCAAUAGCAUCUUCAGACUCUCCAGACGGCAAGAUAUACACGCCCAAUACAGACUCCGACGGAAUUCCACCUCAGACCUGCAGUAUUCAGUCUGGUCAAGAUGGGGAGGGAGAAAGCUACCAUGGUCCCGUUUCUCGCCAGAGCUUAGAGUUGCCAUUUCUGCAUACCGGCUCAAUUACCCGUAAUCCCCGGUUCUACGGACGAACAGACGCGCUGGAUCAGAUCGACUCUGCUUUUGGUUUGAACAACGAGCAAAGACCACGGAGCCCAGAUCCAAAUGAUGGCUCAGUGGUUCCUAAAACCUACGUACUGUGUGGAAUGGCAGGUAUUGGAAAGACAGAGACCGCCAGCGAGUUUCUCUACUCACGCUCGCACCAUUUCAACGUUGUCAUCUGGGUCUAUGCUGACACUGAAAGGAAGUUGGGCCCUCAAUUCGUGGCACUGGCGAAAGAAAUUGGCGGGGAUGUUAUUUCUGAUACUAUUGAUGAGGUUUCCGCAAGGGACUUUGUCAAUGGCUGGUUAGCAGACCCAGUUGGCCACCGUUUCGAGAGGGGAAAACCAGUGAAUGUUGAAAAUAUCAAAUGGCUAAUGGUCUUUGACAACGCAGAUGACCCAGAGCUUUUAUACGAUUGGCUUCCUAGUCAAGGGCCUGGUUCCAUAGUGGUCACUGGUAAAUAUCCAUAUGUCAAGGAGAAUUCAUAUCGCCUUGAUCACGGGCUUGAUUUGGAACCUUUUCCAAGUGAAUCGGGAGGAGAGAUGCUGUGCAAGCUGUCAGGUCGCCAGGAUGAGGCUGGGGCUACUGAAGCGAGCAUGCGUAUCUCGGAUAAGCUAGGUGGACACCCUCUGGCCAUAUCCCAGAUGAGCGCAAUCAUACGAGAACACCAUCUCACUUUCCAGGAUUUCGAAGACUGGUAUCAAGAAGAUGCGAGGGAGCUCUACGAUCUACGAGCUGGUGGCCGUUGGACAAACUAUCAACACACGGUUGCCACAGCCUGGGCUUUGGAGCAUCUCAGUGACAAGGCUCUUGCGCUGCUCGAUGUGCUUUCUCUCCUCGAUCCAGACAGAAUACCUGAAGAAAUAUUGAUGGACGCUGCCAAGGAUGUGAAGCUCUCGAACUACCCUGCCAAAAAGCAUAUUUAUUUCAAGGCUCGCACCGAGCUCAUUCAUGCCUCCCUUAUCAAAAGAAACAUGGCAUCUAAUGAGUUGCAGAUUCACCGCCUUGUUCAGCAGGUCGUCAGGCAAAGAAUGGAUGAAAAUCGUCUUCACGACGUCUAUUCCGCUAUUUCCAUUCUCCUGUCAAGUGUAUGGCCAUAUGUCUCUGGAACUGAUCCAACACGGAACCAGGCAUGGCGUAUUCCAGUUGCUGAGCGUUACGCACCACAGAUAUGCAAGCUGGAAGAAAAUUUUGGCAGCGACAUCAAAAACAACCGGUUUCAAGGGACAGCGAUAAGUGGCUACAUAUUCAGUAGCUACGCUUGGUACAUUUCGGAACGUGGGCUCCCCGAGCAAACACAGGUCUUUGCAUCUCUUGCAAAGACCAUACUCGAACACGCUCUGAAUGAUAACUCCAGUGAUCAGGAGAGAGUGACGCACUGGCUGGGAGAAGCUCACCACAGUCUAUCACUGACCGCGUGCCUGACGAAAUCUUCAGAUGGUCUCGAGGAUGCCGACAUUUGGCAAAAGCACCUGAACAGCCGCAUUGAGAAAUACGGUCUGCCAUCCGACAAGUUGGCGCUCGCGACUGCAUAUAACCAAUUGGGUAUCUGUCAGAGUAACAAAGAGCAAUUCGACGACGCCGUAACCAGUUUUAACAAGAGCGUCGUGACUUACAAUAGUGUCGCCAACGCGCCUCAAUUCAGUGCAACAUUCCCCGCUAUUUCACAAUCGAUGUUGCAUUGUCUCAUGGAUCGGUACGACGAGGCCGAACAUGUUUUAACGCCAUUUCUAGAGGAACACGAAAAGGUGUUAGGAAAAGAUGACAAAACGACGACCCGCUCCGGGCUUAUUUGGCGUACGAUGGGUGACAUUCGAAACGGGCAACAUCGGUACGACGAAGCUCUGGGCUAUCACAACCGAGCACUGGACAACUUGAAGGCCACUGGUGGCGACAAGCACUACUUCACUGGAGACUGUUUCUACAGUUUGGCAAAAGACCUUUUGCGCCAAGGAAAGCAGGAGGAAGCAAUACAAUCCCUUGACAGCGCUAUUGAUGUGUUUACCGCAGCACCCCACAGAGAGGCUCAGGCAGCGCGGGCAAUAUGGCAGAAAGGCAUUGUCUUGAAAGGAAUGGGCGAUGAGUUACAGAGGAAGCAGCUCUUUGGUAAAGCGAUGGAACUGAGGCGUAAACUUGCGCCUGAUGAGAGUGGCAAGAUCGACGAUCUUCAAGAGCAUGAUUGGACAAAGUUGAUAAUUUACUGGUCUCGCUGAUGGGUAGUAUUGGAUGUUUAUCUUUCGGUUAUUUGUUGGGGAGGAUAAGAGUGGCUAUAGCGUCUUGGCUUUGUUGAAUGGUUGAAAACACAUUUAUCGAUCAACGUGUACUGGGACACUCGAAGGCUGGCAGACCACUUGAACAACGUGCACUACCAUCGAGAGCGGGGUAACAUCAUACGUGUCAGCAAUUUAUGUAGUCAUCGUAUCACUUGUACAGGAAGAGAAUGUAUCUCAUGAUUGCUUUCAUGGUGGUUGCCCAGCAGGAAUAACGCAGGUUGGCCGGAUGUUUUGUCCCCCAAGGCAUCAAUUCAAAAGUAACCGGUGCAAUGAAAGCUGUUAAAUUAUCAGUAAAGAG